UUUUUUCUGAUUAACUUCUCAUAUGAAGGUCUGAGCUGGCCAGAAUAGAUUGGAGCACAUACUCAGACACAAAAGACGUAAAACAAUGAAGCGUAUGGUUCCUUCGCUGAUAGAUUUAUGUGUUCAGACAGCUGUAGAUAAUGUUAGAUACCUUGGCGAUGUUGGUGAAACAGAUAUUCAUCUCCUAGAGCGCAUUUUGCCUCACUGUACUCUUGAACAAUUAAUACAUGUAGAGAAUUCGACAGAAGGAAGAGAUCUCAGUCAAGUGACUAAUAGACUUUGGAAGAGGUUUUACCAGAUUGAGUUUGGUGAGAAGAGCAUCAAUCAGGUGGUUGAAAGAAUGAAGCAAAGGAAAGUUACAUUUAAAUGGAAACAGUUGUAUGAGGCAAAGACAAAGGAAGUGGAGGAAACUCAGCAAAGGUCAUUCGAAAGAAUCAAGCAAUUGUAUCAAAAGGAAGAUGCGAAACGACAGAGCCGACAAGUUCGAGUCUGCACAAAGGUUCCACCUUCUAGCAAUAAAAGAAGCUUUUACGGUAGUGGACCUGGUAGCAGUUUUGGCAACACAAAGAGUUCCUUGAUGAAGAAGGCAAAAAUAGAGUUUGUUAACAGUCGAGAAGUAAAGAAUUUGGCUGCUAUGAAGAAUAAGGGUGUGCAAAGAACUCAUAGCCAAGUUUCUUCCAUAAAACCAGGUCGUUUUUCCAAAAUGGAGUCGUGCUCAAGAUCAAAAUUUACUAGCCGGUUGAUUCAGAUAAUAGCUGUUGCACAUGCGCAGUCGUAAUACUCUUCAACGAUGAUAAUGACAAAGCGCCGCUUCAAAUUGUAACGAAUUUUGUGUUAUUUCACUCUGUUUUUGUUUUCCGCUAUGCUGUUACCUGAUCAUCACCUCUGCUUCGUUGUUCAAUUACUGAGCUUCUUCUUUAUCUGAGGGGAAGGUGGAGAGGGGAAAAGGGACAGCUGCUACGUACGUUUUCCUUGACUUGACAGAUUCAUUCAAUUUAACCCACACUCAAAGCAGGAUCAAGAAAUGGAAGAGCAAAUUUCUUUUUGUUCGACAACACAGUGCCUCACCUGCUUAUAGGGUUUAACCCUCCACCUCACCUGUGGAAGGUAAGGCAAAUGGUAUUUGGAGGAAUAGACAAGGCAUGAUUUUCGAUAAAGUGUAGACGGGGGUGUCUUUCCAUUGAGCUGGGGAGAGAGCUCACUAUGUGAGCUAGCCAGCCAUCAACACAACUAGCACAUUAUUACAUGUAAGUUAAAGAAGAAAAAAGAGUCAAACUCUCGCUGUGCGGAAGGCCUAAACAAGAGCUUGAUGUUUUA